AAACGUCUAACAUAUUCAAUUCACAGUAUCAACAACCAUGUUUGUCAGAUCGUCGAGAUUAUUGGGAAGAAAAUCGUCUCCACAAUUCACGAGAUUUUCAACCAAAUCCAGAGGUCCAUCUCUGGCUAUCCGUUUCAACUCGACCAAAUCCACGUCUACACCACCACCUCCGCCACCUCCACCACCUCAGACUGGUUCCAAGGGCAAAAUAUUGUUGGCUAUCGGAGCCUUGGCUAUUGGUUCGACUAUUGCUGCCUCCUUGUACAACAAAGAUUCUCCUAAAUCGGCUGUAGAACCUGUGGCCCAAAAGGGCCCAGCCUUUCAAGAUGGAAAAAUCAAGGUUAUCUUCGUUUUGGGGGGACCAGGCUCAGGUAAGGGUACCCAGAGUGCUUUGCUCGUGAAAGAGCAUGGAUUUGUUCACUUGUCUGCUGGUGAUUUGUUGAGAGAAGAACAAAAGAGAGAGGGUUCCAAGUACGGUGAAUUGAUCGCAAACUACAUUAAGGAAGGACUCAUUGUACCACAGGAAGUCACCGUGGCUUUGUUGGAACAGGCCAUUAAGGAAUCGUACGCCAAAGGUCUGACCAAGUUCUUGAUCGACGGAUUCCCAAGAAAGAUGGACCAGGCUCUCACUUUCGAAAACCAGAUCGCCAAGUCGUCUUUCACUUUGUUCUUUGAAUGUCCCGAACAGGUCAUGUUGAAGAGAUUGUUGGAAAGAGGUAAAACCAGUGGCAGAACUGACGACAAUAUCGAGUCCAUCACCAAGAGAUUCAGAACUUUCAUUGAAACAUCCAUGCCUGUUGUUAACCACUUUGAGGAGCAAGGCAAGGUCAUCAAGGUACAAUGCGACCAACCAGUUGAUGUCGUAUACACUCAGGUCAAGAAUGCCUUGUCGGAAAAGGGCGUUAACUAGAACAUUAGACUAGAGUAUUCAUAAAGAUUAUAAUGUAUAUAUGGCCACGGCCUAAAC